UUUAAAUUCCCGUCAUAAAUGUUUGUUGGCUUGGCUGCAUGCACAUUUGCUGCAUGUGUAUAUCUCUGUGGGGUUUUGGCCAUGUAAAUGAACUAUCCCUUCUAAGUUUUAAAAGGAUUCAAGUCUUCCGAUUUCUGCGCAUCUGUUUGUUAUAUUUCCGUGGAAUCUUCGCCAUUUAGAGGAAUUAUCGCUUUGAAAAUUUGUGAGAAGGUAAGUUUUUGUCACAUCGUUGGUCAUAUUCUUUCCUUUUUUAAGACUAUCCGUGUUUAUUCUGUGGCGCGGCACAGAGCUAUUAUCAUUGCUUCAACGGAUAACAUGCCAUCACAACCGCAUCACAGCGAAAACUAGUGCAUUUGUUUAAAAUUCAUGUUUGAAUUUGCUCCUAUGUUUCCUAAUAUAAACCAGAGUGAAAUCUGGUCUAAAUCAUAAUUUAUGCUGGUAAAUGCAUGCAGAAACGAACCAUGCUUCGAAAUGCUCGAUCAGCUUCCUGAUCUGGCGUGCGUGUACAUACAAGGAAAAUAGGAAAUUCAAUAUUUGCGUAAGAUUUAAAUUAUAAAAUUUAUUUUAAAAUAUGCCCCAAUCCAAUCGUAAUAGCCCCCAAAAAGGCAAAUUGCGACACCAAUUGCGACACCCUGCAGCGAACACAUGACCACUCACGUGCAUUAAUCUAUAUAUAUCGAACGAUUGGGCGAGGUUUUCAGUUCCCGUCAAAACUUAAAAGUGUUUGUUGGCUUGGCUGCGCAUUUGCUGUGUGUGUAUAUCUCUGUGGGGUUUUGGCCAUCUAAACGAACUAUCGCCUUCUAAGUUUUAAACAGGUACGUUUGUGAUUAUAUAAAUGAUUUCAUAUCAUCAACAUUUAUAAAGUAAAUAUAUAGACACGGUCGGUUGUAUAUGUAUCUCGAUACGGAAUUCGCAACAGCCGACUCUGGCGUCUAUCUUUCUAUUCGUUUUGGGGGAAACGUAUCACUCGUGAUUUGAAAUUACUAUCUUCGUUGGUUCUUUGUGCCUUUAUUCAACUGGUUACCAAUCUUUAAAGGAAUUCGUUUAAAAGAUAUAUACGAAAAAUUUAGGACUAUCAUCUAAGUGGCUUAGCAUUAUUCCACAGCGUUAUGAUCGCGUUGUUUUCUCGUGGGAUAUUGGAAAUAAAUUCCUCGCCUUAUUUAAACGAUUGCUACUAUUCUAUUCUACAAUUCUAAGAUAUUGCAGGUUGUCGCUUUUCAUUUUAUUUAUACCAAGGAGAUUGAAUUUGGCGGUCUGGGGCCGGUUGUAUGAAAGCCGGAUAGCGCUAUCCACCGGAUUUUCAAUCGCUUUAAAAUCGCCCGUUGUUUGCUAUAACUUUCAUUAAAUCUUAGUUUCAUUAAAUCGAAGAUCCCUUUUAAUAAUUGUUUGCUCCAAAGAUAAAAUUUAAUCGCUUUUCGAGCAUUUUUAGAACGGUUGAAAAUCACUAUCCGGUGGAUAGCGCUAUCCAGCCUUCGUAUACCACCUAGCUGCCUCUGUACUCUGUAUACACAUACACAGUUCCAAUUAAAGAGUUUAAGAUGCGAGAUUUAAGCUUCGGAAUAAACUAUUCUACAUUCCGAGAAACCAAGUUACUUUUUUUACUUGAUAUAGCUACCUGAUAUAUGACCAUUUUUCACAAUGAAAUAUAUAUAAUAUGAAAUGUUUGCUGGCGAAAAUAAACUCCACAGAUAUACAAAUUCCAUAACCACAUGACACUUGCAUGACAUUGGGAAUUUUAAAUUUCAUUGAGAAUUACAAAAAAUUUCCUCCUAAGAUUCAAGUCUUCCGAUUUCUGCGCAUCUGUUUGUUAUAUUUCCGUGGAAUCUUCGCCAUUUAGAGGAAUUAUCGCUUUGAAAAUUUGUGAGAAGGAUUCAAGUCUUCAUUUCUGGGCAUCUGUUUGUUAUAUUUCCGGGGAGUCUUUGCCAUGUAGUGGAACGGGGAAUCUUUGCCAUGUAGAGAAAUUAUCGCUUCCAAAAUUUGAGAAGGUUUUAAAUCUACAUUUCAGUCCAUCUGUCCGUUAUCCUGCCCGAGAAUUUACCAUGUAGUGGAAUCAUCGCUUUGAAGAUUUGAGAAGUAAUUCGCGCAGUCCUACGCCAUGGCUUCUAACGAACUGGAAGAAAACGCAAAUUUUAUAAGACUCAGUAAACUUUUAGUUGAAAGGAAGGCUAUGAGAAAUAACUUUGAUACCAUCCAUCCACCUGUUAGUCUACCUGGAGUACUGGUUACAAACAAAAUAUCUCUUCAAAAGUUAAAACCUCGAGUUAUUAAUAAUUCCCAGUGGGAUUUGCUGUUUCCUCCGUCUGGCAACCCACCAGAUUCCAAAACCUUUGAUGUCACAUUGCUUACAGUUCUAUUCCGGAACAUUUGUGGUUUUCCAUUAACAGGAUGGAGUGUAAUGCCUCCGCAUACAGAUAGGUCACAGCAAGCGAAUAUCGCAAGAAUCAAGUUUUACAGAAAUGAAGCUAUUGCACAUGUAACAACAACUCGAGUUGACAAUGCAACAUUUCAAUUUUUAUGGAAGGAAAUCUCCCAGGCGAUAGUAGAAUUGGGCGUUUCACAGAGUGAUGUCGACAGUUUAAAAAAAUGUCUUCUUGGGCCUGAAGAAGUGGUGUAUGUGCAAAAGCUUAAAGAUUGGAAACUGCACGAAGAUGAGUGUAUUAAAUUGCUUAAAGUAAUUGAAGCUGGUGUAAAUAAUGUAACACAAGUCGCUGAAGAGACGCGCGAUGGAGUAAAUGAAACGCGCGAUGCAGUAUUUGAAAUACGCCAGUCAUUGGCCAAGCGUAAGCUAUCAAUACCCGGGGACACCAAUCCUGAAAAAAAAUCCCGCAUGGAAAGUGACGAAGAUUUUUUGCGAAAACUUGCUAAGCAUAAUUUUAAGGGUAAAAUUAAAAAAAAAGUGGAUUUUUUCCUUCCUGGAACAAGAGAGUGGUUGUUAGUGAAAGUUAACGAGUGGUUUCAAAUGUGUGACAACGAUUCGAGAAUGAAGUUAAUAACAGCUGGACCAGGAUUUGGUAAAACCGUUUUUGCCGCUAAAAUAUGUGAAGAUUUUGAGAAGAAUGGAAAGCUGGCUGCUUGUCACUUUUGUGAUUUCAAUGAUUCAAACCUAAGAGAUCCUAUGGUGAUGCUGCAGUCUCUUGCAAGUCAGAUGUGUGAGAAUGUCCCUGGUUUUAAAGAGAAGCUUCUUGAUCAGUUAAAGCGACGGCAUCAAGUGAAAACCCUCGAAGAUGCAUUUCGAAUAUAUUUGCAAAAUCCCUUAGAUGAAUUGGAAAUAAAAGAGCCACGUUUAGUCGUGAUCGAUGGCUUGGAUGAAAGUGCUGCAGAUAAUAAGAAUGAAAUUGCGCAUUUGAUUGCUGAAUAUUUUCCUGAACUUCCCGAGUACAUCAAAAUCUUGGUGACGAGCAGGCCAGAGAUUUCCGUUGCUGAUCUAAAACUAAGAGAUGAUCAAAAGACAGACAUUUCCAAUGUUCAUGAAAACAAUAACUUAGAUCUUGAACUUUAUUUUAAAGAAUGUUUUCCAAGUUUAGUCGGCAGGGAAGUGGAUAAAAAGGAGAUGAACCGUGAUUUCUAUAAGGAUCAUUCAUAUCUUCACCGCUUUCGGCAAACUAAAACUAUAAGUUUACUUUCCAUUUUUAUUGCCAAGUGCCAAGGCUCAUUUCUCUAUGCAUAUCACUUUCAAUCUGGGCUAAAAGCUCGCUAUGAUGUUGAGAAGAUAACAAAUAAUGACGUCAUGGAGUUUCUCCCAGAAGGUCUCCAUUCUGUUUACGAACGAUAUUUCAAACGCCUUGAAGACGAGCUUAACGCCAUAAAACAUGAAAAGUUCGAUGUGUUGAAUAUUUUGGCAAUGCUGGUUGUCUCCGAAGAAGGUCUUCCCCUCACUUUCGUCGCUCAAGCUUUUGGUUUAGCUCCAGAUUGUCGCGAAACGAAAGUCAUCAUCAACAAAAUUAAUGAAACCGUAUCAUGCUUGUUGUACGUUUCAGAUGACAGGUUAACCGUUUUUCACAAAUCCUUUAUUGAUUGGCUUCUAGCAAAGGGCUACAAAGAUCACCAGUAUACUGUCAAGGUCGAUGAUGGACAUAGAUCGCUUUGGCUUUUAUGCGAAAAUGUUUUUAAAGAAAUUGUGAAAGGUGUCCGCUCAGGACUUGAGGUGAAGUUUACUAAUGACGUGGAAUACGCUCUGAAACAUGGUUUAAAACAUCUAGAAAAGUGUGAAAUGGAGGAAGGUGUGUUUUGGUCAGUUAAUGUUAUUAUCGUAUUUUAUAUGUUAACUGUAAACGAUUCAGGCGAUUUGGCAAGUUUUUGGCUCACAUUACUGCAAUGUUCUUUGAUUAAAAACGAAGAGUUACGCGCCCGCAUUUCGUACCAUGUCAUUGAAUUUGACUCUUUGCAUCUUGCCCUGGAACCCCUAUGGGAAUAUUACAAAUAUCCAAGAAAAGUUUAUUCCACAAUAUUUUCACAAUCGUAUUUACAAGCGGUUCUUACACAUUCUCCAGAAGGUUAUUUCAGCGAUGAUGAGAAGAAAAUCGCGGAGACGCUACUAUCAAACCUUUCACCUUUUGUCGAGUCGAAUUCUUACGAAGUUUCGGUUUUGCCGACAGCAGUCUGGAAAGACAUUGGUGACAUUCUUCCUAUUACAGCUUUUGCUUUAUCUAACGAUGAGAAAAGUGUAGCAGUUGUAAUAGGUAAUUUUAUACAUCUGUUAUCCCUACCAAAUUUAGUUGAAAUUAUGAGUUAUUCAACAAAAUUGGGAAAAAAUCCUUGCUGCACAUUUUCUCCAGACGAUUCGCUCAUAUUAUAUGGAAAACUGGAAACGGCGUUUAACAUUGCUGGAAGAAAGGAAGUUCCAUUUUUCCCUGGAAAUGAAGAGACGUUCGAGACCUGUGCAUUUUCCCCUAACGGCAAAAAACUGGUGACUAGCGACGGUUCAAACACCAUUAAACUAUGGGACGUUGCUAAACAAAAAAUGCUGUCGUCACUUUGUGCUGAAUUUCGUGUUGCUUGGUGUUCUUUUAGCGUCACAGGGUUAUUUAUUAUGGGAAAUUCAGAAUAUCCAUCUUAUCCGGGUUAUUCGGUGUGUGUUUGGAACGCCAUCACAUUGCAAAGAAGUGACAAGCGAAAGUUGUCUCACGGGGAAAGUGUGAAGCCAGUUGUGUUAAAGAGUAGGAAAUGCGAACGAUGUUUUCAGCGAGGAUUUGAGAAACCAAAUUCUAAACAGUUAGAAAUAAUAAGGUCGAAUGGCGAAGAUGAUAAAAAAAGUUGUAUAAUUUUACGUCCGUGGAUCUGCAAAGGUGUGGAGUGUAUUUUUUCUUCGGAAGAAUUUUGUUAUUCGAGUGUCACAGAAAGUAUUCCUUUGACUAAGAUUGUCGCUUGGAACUAUCUUGUUGCUGCUCCUGACUUUUUUUUCCGCGCAGUCAAAAUACCAACUUUAGAAGAUAAUCUGUGGCUCCAUUCAGAUAAUGAAAAACUAAUUGUCUUUAAGACAUUAGUUCCUAAACAAGAGCAAUCUUGUCUGCCACGGACAACGGUCGUUUAUUCAAGUUCGUUUUCUCCUGACGGCUCUCGACUUGCAUCCUGCAACUCAGAUGGAUAUAUCAACGUAUGGGAUGUCUAUACCAGCCAAGUUCAACAACGUUUCAAAAUCAGUCAAUGCGGGUCAAGGUUUUUAUGCUGGUGGUCGGAAGAUUUCUUGUUUGUGAUUUGUGAAUUUAACGGGGUUUUCUUUUUAACGCGAUACCCUGUAGAUGAGAAUUUAAAGAUCAUAUUUACUGAAAGUCAGCGCAUUGUGCAUUUUCGUUUGGUUUCCAGGUUUCGCCGCUUGGUUGGUUUCUCUGAAGGCUUUGUCAGUUUGGCUUUUGGAGGCUUCGAACCCGUGAAAGUUCUCGAUGUCAGAGAUGUUGAUGGUCCUGUAAUGAUCAAUUUGCCUGGAAUUGACCCUAAGACGAAAGUUGAAAUCUCGCCUGGUGGUGCCUUUAUCUUUGGUUGUAAUGAGAAUAAAUAUUAUAUUUGGAAAAGAAAUACCGAAAAACCAACUUCGUAUGAAGUCUUUUACCACUGUGAUAGUUCAGGGCUUCGCAAGAAAUCAGUCGCAAGUUUCAGUAAUGACUCCAAAUUCGCUGUAUUCAUGGAGUGGAGUACUGAAAAGAUUGAGAUAAUUGAUCUGAACACUGGUGAUUCUCAAAAUAUAGCGUGUGAAUUCGAUUCUUUUUAUUCGUUCACCAGGUCAUUUUGUAUUCACAAGAGAGGGAUUGUAAUAACUUUAUUUGAUCAUAUGAUAAUAUUUUUUGACAUGGACUCUGGCGCUAUUCUCGACUGUUCGUAUCAAAGAUACUUGAAGGUUUAUGAGUCAGAACAAAGAAUUAAACUUUCCCCAAAACAGACCAUGCUGGCGUUUCCUAACUACAAUGGCGAUAUGGUGUUUCUUCGAUUGUCUACUCCAUAGAAUUCCUUAUUUGAAGGUAGUGUUGCAGCUCCUCGCAAGAAUGAUUUUCAUUGGCUGAACUAUACAAUUCAUUUCUGUUUCAACUAAUAGCAUAGCUUCGCUCUUUACAAAGCAUGGAAAAGCAUUAUCCAAUUGGACGAAAGCUUCCGAGAGCUGCGACAUGUCCCUUUUUUUACGAUAUUAAGCAACUAGCAGUUGCUUGGUUGGACGAUAUUAAACAACAGGAACUUCCUUUGUUGGACGAUAUAAAGGGAGAUGCAGUAGUCAAUCAUUUCUUUAACCGAAAUAAAGUAGUCUCGCGGAAAACGUUUUUAGGAAAAUUUACACAAAGCUGUAUAUUUCUUAAAUGUUUGGUUCCCCGCAGGUUGUUUAUACCCAUUAAAUAAGAAUGUCUUUAUUCCUAAAAAUAACUGAAAUGAACCCGUUCACACGAAGACGAAAACCAAUGGGAGAAGACCUAAUUGAUGAAGACUUUGUCAUGGACGACAGAUGUUUUGGAAUUGAAUUUUCGGUUAGGAUAUUUCAUAAUGAAUUUAGUGAACAAUAACAUGAAAAACUAUCAUCAAGAACAUUGUUUUGGGCAGCGGCUAGACUUUGCUUGGAGCUGGUCUAGAAUGGAGAAGUAAGACACCUCCUUCCCUCCGUUUGUCUGGGAGUUCACCUUGGGCAAGUGAUAGCACUCCCUUGCCUCCCUAACUGGGGUUACAGUUUGUUAAACAAAACAAAGAUGAUAUCUUGAAUACAUCUGCAAGAAACAAGUUCUAAAAAACUGUGACCAAUGCCAGUCGUAUGAUGGUGUUGUUUAAGAUGUUCAUCAUGGUAGUUACAGUCAUGUUGGUGAUGAUAAUUCUCAUCUAUGAUGGUGGUGAUGGUGCUGAUGAUAAUUGCCCUGGUUAUGAAAUAAUAGCAAUAUUAUAGUACUUAAUAGUAACUGAAUUAUGGUCAAAACGUCUGAUGCUGAUGAAAAAGAAAAAUAUCGGAACUACAAGAACUAUGUACAUUACAGGGACAUUUUAUUAGCUGCAUGGAAGGGAAGAUAUUUAAAGUCUGGAGCGCGAACUGGAAAAUUGUAAAAACUUGCGAGUUGCGUGAAAUUUGAAUAAUAUUAUGAUCAAGACAUUUGGGGCCAGUUGUUCGAAAGGCGUUUAGCUUUGGUGGCUAAGUCAAAGUUUAAAAACGCUCUCAUACAUCACGUGAAUGCAUGACUGAAACUACAUUUUAUGCAUUAAACAUGUUCUUUCGUUGAAAAUUAAACUAUAUUUACAUCGAAAUCUUUCAGCUCAGUAGUUCAAUAAGUCGAUCGUUUUGUUUUCCAUUUUGAACUUAUCCACCGUUUAAGCUAAACGCCUUUCGAACGACCAGCCCCUGAUGUUCAUCAAACAACACAACAAUUAAUAUCUUAGGCGUGUUUCAAACGUCGUGUUUUUAUCUUUAAUGCGUUCGACAUUGCGAAUUUAGAAACCCUACAGAAGAUGGUAGGUAUCAUAAUUUAAUAUACGGAGGCUGACUAUAGAUAGCUUAUUUGUAAACAAACUAACAUCAAGUGGUAGGAUUUUAUGACUUCGAACGUGCCUGGUCCACACAAGUACAAAUGACUAGAAUAUUGCUGAAUAUUUAAAUAUUUGCCUACUGCCAGCAUGUAAUUUGUAUAGAUUUGUAAUUUUGUAAACCAUUUCAUGAUUUCACUUUGUUGACUGUUGUU